AGGAGUAGAGAGAGAGAAGCCUCUCAGAGACCCGUGUGAGUGUGCGUGUUUGGGACGGGAGAGAAGAACACAGAUUGAUCCAAAACCCUUCACUGGUCGGAAGUAGCGGACCAGCGUAGCUACGACACAACGCGGCGGGACUCGGAGUGGGAAAGUCGGAGUGAAAGUGCAGAGAUCAGGGGCCGCGCGGUUCUCUUCCUCCGAGCAGCGACUUUGUUUUCCUCGCCUCGCCUCUCCGCCCUGACGGAGCAUUCCGCGGCGCAGCUGCGACUUCAUGCCGCUGCGCACCGGGCGGUAGGGAAGGAAAGGGAAGUGCGGAAGGAGGAGAGGGAAUUGAGGAACGAGGAGAGGAAAGUGAGGAAGGAGAGGGAAGUGAGGAAGAAGGAGAGGGAAGUGAGGAAGGAGGAGAAGGAGAGGGGCCCGGAGUCCCGUGCACACCGCCGCCUCCGCCCUCCCUCGUCUCCGCCUUUUGCCCCCGCGGAGUUCUGCCUACUCCCCCCUCGGAGGUCUGCCUACUCCCCCCCCCCCCCCCCGGAGUUCUGCCUACUCCCCCUCGGAGGUCUGCCUACUGCCCCCCGGAGGUCUGCCUACUUCCCCCCGGACCUGCAUGGACGGGGAUGGGGAGAGCCGGGUGCUGUGGCCGUGGGGCUGAGCGGCUCCUCUCCCCGCGUCUCAAGCAUCGUCCCCCGCCACUACUCCUGCUGAUCCUCGCUCUCUGCCUCCAUGCACACUUAGGCGGCGGCCAGCCCCCCAGCACCCACUGCCGUAUCCAGAAGUGCACGGGGGACUUCGUGUCGCUGACCAUCCACCGACCGUCGGCGCUGGAUGGCUUCGACGUGGAGUACUGCAUGGCGCUGCGAUCGUACUCGGCCUGCACCCAGCGCACUGCCAAGGCCUGCCGCGGGAACCUGGUGUUCCACUCGGCCGUCCUGGGCAUCUCCGACCUCAUGAGCCAGAGGAACUGCUCCCGGGACGGGCCCACGUCCGCCACCAGCCCCGAGGAGACCCACGAGCCCUGCAACUACCACAGCCGCACGCAGCACGCGCACGCCCACGGCCACGCGCACGGCCACGCCCACGGCCACGGCCACGGCCACGCCCACGCCCACGGGCAGGGCCACUCCCAUAGCCAGGCCGUGCCCGGGUACCUGUUCUGCGGGCUGUUCGGCGACCCCCACCUGAGGACCUUUAAGGACAGCUUCCAGACGUGUAAGGUGGAGGGGGCGUGGCCGCUCAUCGACAACGACUACCUGUCGGUGCAGGUCACCAACGUUCCCGUGGCAACGGGCUCCAGCGCCACGGCGACCAACAAGGUGAGCCGACGAGGGGGGGAAAGGAGAGAAGGCGUGGUGAUUGGAUCGUUGAAGGGGGGCAGGGAGGGAGGAACGAGAGAAGUGAGGUGUUUGAGGAGCUGAGACAGGGCAGGUCAUUAGAGGGGUGCACGGUGUUCCCCAUUAGUGCUUUGUAGCUGGGUCCACCAUUGUUGCCUUUAUGCUCCUCUUUUACAUCAGUAUAAAUCACUGCCCCACAGUCUCUCUCUAUCUUUCUUUUAUGUUUUCU